AUGGUUAUUGUUAAUUCUGACGCUAUAUUUAUUGGUGCGAAUAAGCAGAACCAGGUCAGUGAUUAUCACAGUGGCCAAUCGGUUGUAGCUUUCGGUGCUGGUAAGACAAUUGCACUAUGGAAACCUACAGAUGACUUUGCCCAGGGUGUUUGCAGAACUUUGAAGGGUCAUGCAGCUGAAGUUACAUGUGUUAAAUUUAUGCCAGGAACUAAUUACAUGGUGUCUGCAUCUGAAGACCACCAUGUUAAAAUCUGGGAUUUCUCUACUUUGGAGUGUGUACAGACCAUUGAGCACUUUAAGCACACAAUUGUUACACUUGCGGUCAAUAAGAAUCUAAUCGCCAUUGGUUCAGCUGAUGGAUUGGUUUCUAUCUGGAUAAAAGAUAGCCAAGAACAUCGAUUUGGUUUAGGUCAGGAAUUUAGCAUUCGGAAGGGAAUAUUACCACUAACAUUGUCAAUAUCUCAUGUCAUAAAUGACAAAUUUUUGCUAGCUGUUGGUGGGACCAGCAUGAAUGUUUUUAUAUAUUCUUUUGUUCUGAGUGAGUCAGAGAUUCAGGAUUGUCAAAUGGCAGCAGAACUGGACGGCCACGAAGAUUGGGUCAAAUCGUUAGCAUUCCGCCAGAAGAGGGAUACUCCUGAAGAUUUCUUGCUGGCUUCAGGAUCUCAGGAUCGUUAUAUUAGGUUGUGGAGAAUUAGAGUUAAUGAUGCUAUCGAGGAUGAUGAUGAGGAUGAAGAGAAACCAAAAUUACUAAGCAACAAGAAGUAUAAAUUCGAGAUAAAUGAGGAUACCAAAGUAGUCAUCAAUUUUGAAGCACUAAUCAUGGGUCAUGACGACUGGAUUUCUUCUCUUAAAUGGCACCAAGAGCGCAUGCAACUGUUGGCUGCCACAGCAGACACAUCUCUAAUGAUUUGGGAGCCAGACGAGGCCUUUGGUGUGUGGGUAUGUGCUUCAAGGCUAGGUGAGAUUUCAUCGAAGGGUGCAUCUACUGCAACUGGUUCUUCGGGUGGAUUUUGGUCAUGUUUGUGGUUCGCUCAUGAGGACAAGGACUUCAUUCUAACAAAUGGUAAGACCGGUUCAUGGAGAGUGUGGGCGUCCGGUGAUGGGUUCGAAUGGACCCAACGUAUAGGUCUUACAGGUUCCACGAAGACAGUCACCGAUGUCGCCUGGUCUCCAAGCGGUGAGUACUUGUUAACUACAUCUCUAGAUCAAACGACUCGUUUGUUUGCCCCAUGGCUGUACGAUGCCACUGGAAAGCAGAGACCGGUAGCAACGUGGCAUGAGUUCUCUAGGCCUCAGAUUCAUGGGUACGAUAUGAUGUGUAUACAGCCAAUUUCUGAUGUGAGAUUCGUAAGUGGUGGUGAUGAAAAGAUUUUGCGGUCCUUUGACCUUCCAAAAGGUGUUUCUGAGAUUCUAGAAAAGCUCGUUGGCUGCAAUUUCAAGCUAUCGGAAGAGUUGCCUGAAUCAGCUUCUUUGCCUGCCUUAGGUCUAUCGAAUAAGGCAAUCAACCAGGGUGAUGUUGAUGAGGAGGAGGAAGAUCCCAAUGCUCGUGAGACCAAUGAAACGAAAAACAUCUCAUACAGCUUGACAUCUGCCCUAUCUCAACCGCCAGUUGAAGACCAAUUGCAAAGACAUCUGCUGUGGCCUGAAAUUGAGAAAUUGUAUGGUCACGGUUACGAGAUGUCUUGUGUGGACGUCUCAUCGGAUGGGUCUUUGAUUGCAUCUGCGUGUAGAUCUAACUCCCCACAACACGCAGUGGUUCGUAUAUUCGAUGCCAAAACCUGGCAGGAAAUCAAGCCACCACUGUUUUACCAUGACUUGACCAUUACUAGGCUCAAAUUCUCCAAGGACAGCAAAUUUUUGUUAAGUGUCUCAAGAGACAGAAAAUGGGCUAUAUGGGAAAGGGACAUGGCCACCAAUACGUUCGGUCUGAAAUAUUCCAAUGAGAAGGCGCAUGCAAGAAUUAUAUGGGACUCGGACUGGGCACCUUCAGAUUUCGCCAACAUGUUUAUCACAGGAUCGAGAGAUAAAAGUGUUAAAGUAUGGAAAUUUGAGAAUGCGAAAGACACGUUUGAGUGCGAAGGCACUGUCAAAAUCGGAGAGCCAGUCACAGCGGUCUCGGUUUACGAUAAAGUCAUUGACGACAAGCUACUGAUUGCAGUCGGAACGGUAAGCGGUAAGAUCCAUAUUUUCACUUACAGUUCAAACCAUUUUGAAUUGAUAAAGGAAUUCGAGGACAGUAUAACGCCAGCCGAUAGAGUUAGCCGUUUAGAAUGGUCAAGCCUGCAGCGGAAUGGUGAACUGUCACUCGGAGUGGGGAGUGAAGAUUCCUCCACCAGAAUAUAUUCCAUUAACCUUUAA